AUGCCUUCAUCCCAGUUGGUUCAUAUCCUCGUGGCAACGGCUGCUCUGCUUGUAACCAGUGAUGCUCAGGAAACAUGUCCACAACUUAUAGGUAAGCUUGGAUAUAAUCAAGGGCCUGGGAGAUGUGAGCAGGAGGAUGUGAAGUGUCUGCAUUUCACAACUGAAUUUAACAGGAAUAUGUUCAAGAGAAAAUGAUUUCCACAUUCUUAAAAUCCAAAUACAUGCUUCAUAUGGAGUAAAACUGGAAGGUUACUGAUUGAUUACAUGGUCAUAUCAAAAGACACAUGAAUCUGGACCAUGUGGAAAGCUCAUGGUCUGUACCAUUCGGACCUGUGCUUUUUUGGAUUCCCUCCCUGCUCCCCUGGUAACAGCUUCCCUAGAUUGCUUCUGCAUCCUAUUCUUGUAGUUAGAGUUUGCCUACAGGACAAACUAAUCCACAUCUGUUAUGGAUGUGGAGCCAAACCAAAUACUACAGACAAGUAACCUGCUUAUCCUUUCCCAGCAUUUCUCCAAAAUGUACAAACUUUCUUUUUAACUAAAAGGCAAUUGACAGUAUACAGAGGGAUAAGAUUCUAGUGUGCUUCUGCAGACCACCUUUAAGGUGUUGUGCUUGUAAUGCAAAUGUUUGAAACCCCUCAAAAGAGAAUUCCUUCUUUGUUGCAUUUUGGUCAGUUCUAAUUUGUGGGGAACUUUUAAGUAGUUCUAAAGAUGAAUGUGAAAUAAAUGCAGACGGUCUUUAACGUGUGUGCCAGGUUUUCAUCCUUCUAUUUUUCACUUCAGCAGGUCCUCCAGGUCCUCCUGGACACCCUGGACCACAAGGGUUAAAGGGCAGACAAGGCGAGAAGGGAGAUCAUGGGAUACCAGGUGACUAUGGGUAUCAUCUUUAAAAUAGCAUUUUAGUCCAAGUGUUUGCCUUCAGGUAGAUUUUACAUGCAUGGAGGUUGAACAAGGAACUGUGUGCCACUUGGCCCUGUCUCUUGCAUCGUAUGACCUACCAGCUCUUUCCACAACAUAUGCACAUUUAGUGCAACGUCUAAAAAGAUAAACCUACAAACUGUACGCACCUGGUCUCUCGUAUGACUAGAAAUCCUAGUCACACAAAUUUAUGUUUGUAGGCUCCCUUUUUCAGAGGUCACACUAAAUGCUCGGAUGUUGGAGUGGAAGUGACGAGCUGUAUGGAAUCGGGGUGGAGCCAACAGACAUAGUCCUACUCUCCCUAGCAUGUGCUUCUUCCAGUCCUAGGAUAAGGCUUGGAGAUACUUGGAGCUGCCACCUUGCUGAAGCUAAGCAGGCCAAGGUCUGCUCACUGCUUGGAUGGGUGACCACUUGGCAACCUCAUGGAUGCCACAAUGGUUUCAGUGAUGGUGGAAUAAAGGCAGGAUAUAACUGAAAGAAAAUAAAAAUAAAUUUGCUAUGUGCAUGGAGGCAAAAGUCUGAUUCAGAUCCUUGUGCUUGUCUAAGGUUGAGAUUAGAGAUGUUGGAAAAUUUCACAGUAAUUGAACUUGAAUGCGAGUUUUGCCAUGUUCACUCUUUGCCAGUGUGGUAUAGUGGUUAAGAGUGGUAGUCUCGUAAUCUGGGGAACCGGGUUCGCGUCUCCGCUCCUCCACAUGCAGCUGCUGGGUGACCUUGGGCCAGUCACACUUCUCUGAAGUCUCUCAGCCCCACUCACCUCACAGAGUGUUUGUUGUGGGGGAGGAAGGAAAAGCAGAUUGUUAGCCGCUUUGAGGCUCCUUAGGGUAGUGAUUAAGUGUGAUAUCAAAUCCAAACUCUUCUCUUCUUUGCCAAUUGUCCAAGCCACUCAGGUUUCAUGCAAGUGCUAACAAUAUUUUAUGGUACUAGAUUUAAAAAAAUAAUAAUAAUCAUGAAUUUAACGACAAUGAUUUUGAACCCUGGCUAUUAUGCUAAUGGUGCUCUGUUUGGUGUUUGGAGUUACUGUCCGAGCUGAUGUGAUGAAAUGUAUAUUCCAUUGAACUCUGUGUUAUUGAGGUUUGAUGGUAGCGAUUAAUAUUCAUAUUAAUAUUCUGUCUCUCUGCAUAUAUUAUAUGAUUGGGAUGAGGGGAUAAGGUAGUAAAGCUUAAUAGUACUAGUCUGUGCUUUUUUCCUAGAAAAACCAUGAAGUUGUUACAGUAAGUGACACACUUUACAACAACAAAAGAGGUGCAGGUACUGAGUACCCCCUGAGUACCUCCUUAAAAAACCACUGGCACUAGUCCAUAAAGGAAUUUUUGUGUGUGUGUGUUUUUUUAAAGAAAUAAUGGUUCUCUGAUCAUCUCCCAGAAGUAGCUGAGGUAAUCCUACCAAUGAAAUGGCUCGCUAAUCUGCAAAAUCAUAAUUGCUUAGACAUUAAUGCCCCAAGUAACAAAAGUAUCAUAACCAGACGGAGGAGCCUGCAGGAGAGAUGGCAGUGGAUGGAAGCAAAAAUAUGGCCUAUACUGUAAAUUACUACACUGGUUGCAUCCAGCAUAGUUCACAGUCACAAUAUGAAGUUACCAUAAGGACGCAUUAUAAGUACGGGAGAAGAGAGCACAGCACUACAAGGCUUAAAGCAAGGGUAGGCAAACUAAGGCCCAGGGGCUGGAUCCAGCCCAAUCGCCUUCUAAAUCCAGCCUGUGGACGGUCCGUGAAUCAGCGUGUUUUUACAUGAGUACAAUGUGUCCUUUUAUUUAAAAUGCGUCUCUGGGUUAUUUGUCGGGCCUGCUUGGUGUUUUUACAUGAGUAGAAUGUGUGCUUUUAUUUAAAAUGCAUCUCUGGGUUAUUUGUGGGGCAAAGGAAUUCAUUCAUUUCCCCCCUCAAAAUAUAGUCCUGCCCCCCACAAGGUCUGAGGGACAGUGGACUGGCCCCCUGCUUAAGAAGUUUGCUGACCCGUGGCUUAAAGUAAAACUACAUAGACAGAGCACAACAACACAAUUGAAGACUGAGCAAACUUUAAAACUGGCAAAUAGUAAAACAAAGUGUUUUGUUCAGUUGCAAACACAAACCCCAUUAGAUUCCAAAAAUAUAGAAAGAGGUAUGUCAGAAUCAAUGGGACACUGCAAGACAAACAAAUCACAAUACACCUGUGGCAUCCACCUGGUUACUUGUUGAUGGGCAAUGAAUAACAGAAGCAGUACAGUAAAUAGUGAUACCCAUUACAUAAGCAAUGCUCACAACACUGUCAGGAGAGCGGAAACAAUAAUGUUAUUUUCGCAAAACACCAGGUCAGGCCAAGAUCAUACAAAUUUAACAAAAUGCAAACCACAGCCGACUGAGUCUGAGUUAGAAUAAAAUGAUGAAAUGACAGAACAUCAAACCCCAUGCCUAGUGGGGAUGGUCACCUCUGGUUUUCACUAAGCACUUUGCCCCUUAACUAAAUCCAGUGAUAGGUGAUCAGUCUCAAUAAUAAGGUGGGCACAGACCAGCAGCACAUUAUUAUGAGAUCAUCAAUUUCAAGGGGGAGACAUCACGUGCUUUACUUUACAAAUCGCUGAGGCAGCUGCUGGACAUUCAAAGCACAUCUCCCCUCCCUAAAGGACCCUGGGAAAUGUUGUUUGGCCCUCACAGAGCUACAACUCAAAGCACUCUUAACAAACUACCAUUCCCAGGAUACCUGGGCAGUGCAUUUUUCUGGGGGGAUGCAGGGGUACGAACACCCCAAAACAUUUCGUGAAUCUAAGUUUGGCCUCAUUGAGGGGCAGUAUUUCAACAUAGGUAGGAAAAUGAAAGUACCCCUAAACAUUUUUUUAGAAAAAAAAGCACUGUACCUGGGUGGGUGGGUGCUUUAAAUAUGUGGCUUUGUAUACAGCCUAAGUCAGGGGUCAGCAACCUAAGGCCCAUGGGCCAAAAGCGGCCCGCGGAGGUUGUUUGACCGGCCCACAAGCCGCCCCUGAACUGAACCUCCUGCUCUCACGCUACACUAAACUGAUGCAGUGCGACAGAGGGACUCGCUUCUGUGGGGCCGAAAAUUGCGUCUGUGCAGACGCCGAAAAUCACACGUGCGAUCCAGCCCAUGGAGGGAUCUCUGCGGGACCGAUCUGACCCAGGCAAGAUAAACCUUGCUGACCUAAGUGCUGCGGAAGUCUUUCUCCCAGCCACAUGGAAAGAUAAAAGAGCAAGGAACAUGAGACCUGUGGGUGUAGGGUGGCAUAUCAAUUUGAUUAAAAUAAAAUAAAUACUUGUGCUUCUUCUAGCUUGCAAACAUAGCACUAAACUAUGGCCUAGUGUGAACUGACAUGUGGGUCCCCCCCCCCUUCACUUUUAUUCAUUUGUUAUUUUCUGCACUCACAAAACCCUCUCCCCAUUUUCUCACCUUCUGGUGGAUGCACUCCUUAAUUUUUUAACUCCUUUCAGUACUGUUGAAGUUUAUAAAAUUAUUAUUUUUUUAAUUGCCCUUGGCUUCAGCACACCUAAGCCACACAGUGUUCCUUAGGCUAUGGUCCAAACCCCUGGCUGGAAGUGGCAGGGCUUAAGGGAGUGGCAUAGGCACCGCCACAUCCACAGCCCCAUCAACCAGGGCGGAAGGAGCAGGGAAGAUGCCCAGAUUGGGUCUGUUGCUACAUUCCCUGCCCCAAAAUGCUUGUUUCAGGGCUGAUUUGGGGUGUUCCUCACCAGCAAGGGAAACAGGCAGGGCUGACGGGCACUUUCACCUCCUCCAGUUCAGCUGUUUAGUGCUCUGAAAAUGUAACGAAUGUUUCCAGAGAGAGUUUGAGAAUCACAGCUGAGCUAAAUGAGUUUAUGGGAAAGUUACAGGGGGAAAUCACAUAUAAUCCCAAUGAAUAAGGCCAUAAAUGUGAAACCAUAAACCUGCUAUCAUCAAUCAGUCUAAAAGCACCAAAUAUUAAUUAUUCUUUUCAUUGCCCCGCAAGAAUCUUGGUGAACUAGAAAAGUAAUUCCAGCUCUGUUCGUUAGUUCUGUGCAAAUGCAUAUUCUCAGCAUCAAAUUCCCACUGGACUCGAUAAUAUAUAGCCAGGCCACUAGAGGGAAGCAUAAGCUUUAAAACUAUCCUCUUGCAAAAGUCAUUCUGCAAAAAUCGUUCCGCAAGAAUAUUCAGGGUUCAAAGCUGACAGUAAUUGAACAAAAUGAAUUUUCCUGACCGAAUCAGGUCAACACUCCAGACACAACAUUCUUUGGUUUUAAAAUCUCAGUCCAUCAGCCGGUUGCUAUCCCCUCCAGGCUUCCCCUUUGAUCAGUGAACUGAUAGAGAAGAAGAAGAGUUUUCAAACUAUCUACCAAGGAAACCUCUUUUUCCAGAUCGAUUUGUUUUCUCAGGAACACCUGAGGAUUUGCAGAGAAUAAGUUAUUUAUAUUAUCAUCAAUAUCAUCAGUGAUGAUGGUGCCGUGUGGAGUGCUCCUCAGUCGCUAGAGCAUGAGACUCUAAAUCUCAGGGCCAUUGGUCCGAGCCCCACGUUGGACAAAAGAUUCCUACAUUGCAGGGUUGGACUAGAUGACCCUCGUGGUCCCUUCCACCUCGACAAUUCUAUGAUUCUAUGUUCAGUGUGCAAUGUCAGCCAUAUCUUAUUUCAGGAUAUUCCCUCCCACCAACCCCCACACUCCCCAGUUCCCCCCAUCCAAGAGCCAUGAGGCAUUCUGUACCCACUGAGCAUGCUCAGUCCACAUCAGGCUAUGGGGCUGGGUUACCUCUCAGGCAUCCUCCCCCUCCCAAAAAAAAAAUUUUUUUUCUACAUCUGCAAACUUUGGGAUACACCCAAAUAUACUGAUGAUUCCCUCUUGGUUCUCUGUAACCUUGUUUUGGCUGCCAUAGCUACCCUAACCCAGCCCUUGAGUACAAAAUUAUAUAUUCUAGGAGGAGCACAGAGAGUUAAGAAACACCAUAGUGUACCAGUAGCAGCAAAAAUGGACGCCUUCAUUUGACCCACCAGCAAUAAAACAUAUCUCUCCCCUAUCAGUCUCUACAGCCACAGCAGGCGCUGUAACUCUCCAAUUGUUAAACUUUGCCCCUGAAGACACACUCUUCCAUUGUCUCCUGAGACAGUCGGAUGCCAACAACAACAAAGAUGUGCUUACAUAAUGAUUCUGGAGAACAUCCUAGGACAGACAUCUUACACAGAGCAGCGGACUUCUGAGGUCUCUAUGUGGCCCCACAUUAACUGAAUGAAUGCAGCAGUCCAUACUAGAACCUCUACAAUACACAUCACAGUUAUGUUGGGCAAUCUGUCUUUUAAAGAAGCUCCUCUGUCAUCAUUGGUGUUAAAAAGAUCUGAUAAAGAUACUAGGUGUGCAGUCUGAAAACUCCUGGAUUUUAUUGGCAAGUGCAAACUAGGCAUGUUUACUCAGAACUGUAAAUCCCAGUAUAUUAGGGCUUACUCCUAGGUAAGCAUGCAUAGGAAUGCAGCCUGAAUAGAUAGUCAGACAAAACCAGCAUUUUCUUUCCAAUGUAUAAGAAACAUUUCUCACCAGUUCAUAAUCUGGAUAACAAAUAUAUCACAAGUCCAUUUACUGCAGCAAAAUGUGUUUAUUUCAGAUGAAAAACAAAACCAAUAUGCUUGUUGCACUUUUUUAAAAAAAAAUGAUUUAACACCACUUUUAUAUAAUCCAUUCCUAUUCAAGGCAGCUGUUAAGAAAAAACUGUUAUCUCGUCUUGUGAAUUUCAAACUACCAAACAAACGGAUAAAACAAAAUAAAUUAAUAAUUGUCACUUUUGUUCACAGGUCUGUCUGCAUCGGAGGAUCCUAAACUGCAAGAUGACCUUAAGGAAAUCAAAUACAGAAUCACCAUAAUAGAAAGAGGUACCUUUUUUUUAUUUAAAUCAUUGCUUCCUUCCAUAAGGUGAGGGGGGACAGGGCUUAGUGAACUGGGAGAAUCUGUGGCAGAGGGGAGUCCAGAAUGAGAGGCAGAAACUGAAGCAGGAGAAUGGGAGGAGGGAGGCCAAGAGGCAGAGAUGAGUCAGGCUGGUGAACAGUCAAGGGCAUCAUCCCCUCUUGCUGCAACCAACUCCUCUCUCCCUGGUCUCCCAGAACCAGAAGAGGCAUGAAGCAGGAGGAGCAAAGACAAGCAUGCAGAUGCAGUCUCUGACUGCUGGGAGGGUGGGGUGGACUCUGGAGAGCAAGAUGGCUUUGGGGAGGUGGGAAUAUUUAGACUUAGUAACUGAUACAUGGGGCAAGAACUACUGAGAAUCACUUCCUGUGCUUGUUAAACCAGACUCUCCACCAAGCCUGUGCAGAUCCUGUUCUUGGUAAUAAAGCGUUAACUUCAACAUGCACAGGGGGAUUUACUGCUGGAUCGCUCCUGUCAUCUAAUAGGACUAACCGGGUCUUUCAUUUUGUUUUUCAGCCUUGGCUUUGAGUGGAAAGAUUGUAACAGUUGGCAGUAAAGUGUUUGCCAGCACUGAAAAAACGGCUGAUUUUAACAAUUCAGUAAGAAUCUGCAAAGCAGCCCAUGGCACCAUUGCUUCUCCGACGAACAAGAAGGAAAAUGAUGCUAUUAUGAGCUUUGUUAAAUCCUUUAACACAUAUGUUUACCUGGGCAUUACUGAGGGGCAUGUUCCUGGGGAAUUUCAGUACCUGGACGGGGAGUCCCUGAAUUAUACAAACUGGUAUGAAAAUGAGCCCACAGGGAAAGGGGCAGAAAAAUGUGUUGAAAUGUACAGUGAUGGCACUUGGAAUGAUAAACGGUGCGAUGUGUACCGCCUCACCGUCUGUGAGUUUUAAACUGAACUGUCACAGAUCUUAAUAAAGGGUGUUGGGUGUUCUUUUUAGGUUCUAUGUAAUUGUGGGUUAUAGCAACUAAUCAGAUAUGUAACUUGAUAAGUUAUGAUUUUUCUGUGUUCAGAAAGGGAAAUCAAUAAAAGCACAAUGCAUUGCUUUCCUUUAUGUUUUCUGAGUGCAAAGGAUGAGCUAAACUAACUAGGUCAAUGUCAGCUUUGUUUAGAUGCAGAAUUGGAAUGUCUGAGACAUGAGUGAAAACGUGAUAAUAAAUAGGAUGAUCAGCUAAGAAUUAGAAUUUGUUGAUAAUGUCGUUACUGAGGGGGAAAAUCUGACUAAGACAUAAAUGUGUGUCCAUGGGGUAUGUAGGGGGAGAUCUGAGCUGAUCUGAGCAGAUGCUAAUGCUGUGGUGAGGUUCCUUUUUUGUUCAAUUCGCAAACCUACUUCAAAAUGAACAUUAUAAAAAUGGUGGCAAUGACCGCUCCCCACAUAAAAUGGGGGCUGCCUUUUGCGUGGUUGCGUGCAGCCCCCCGGAUCCCAGUGCAGCUCCUGGUAGUUCAUCCUCCCCAGGCUGGAUAUCUGGAGGUCUCCGCCUACCUCAGCCAAUCGCCCAAUCCCGCCUGGGGAGGCGUUGCCAGGGGAUCGGCCAGGUAGGGGGAGGGACUGCCCUGCCUUUCCAGACAACAGAAGGUGAAUCUUACCUGCAAAGCGUCAGUUGGCUCCAGAGCUUCUCCCUCUCUCAGUUAAGUCUUCUCCACAGGUACGCAGGCACUGCUAUGUCAUGGUUGCUGUUGAAGGGCCGGAAAUGAAUUUUCCUGCAUUGGCAGGUUUUGUCUUUCCUGUAGCAAAACGUCACAACUUUGGCAGUUUCAGGCCUUGGGCGGAAUCCUUUAGUCUAUCUUCCUAAAUGGGGGGGGGGUGAAGCAGUGAUCCACGCCCCCCUUGCGGCAGUGAUCCUAGGGUUCCCCGUUAAAGGGGUCUUGAGGGGAGGCCACACACCAAGAAGUUGUCAUUGCUCUCUCCUGCAACGGCGGUGAAACAGGGGGUGGGCUCUCUGCUUGAACAUAUGUUUUCCAGAGCCAGCCCAAUCCCCACAGAUUCUGGAUAACCCUGAUGUCUUCCAGAUCCCCAGCUGGGGACUGGGAAGGAUAAACGCCCAAUGCCUGAGCCAAGGCCUCCCAACAUCUGAAAUUUAAUAAAGUUGUGGCAAAUUUUAAUCCCAUAGCAUGUUGUCUUGAGUCAUUAUUCCACUCAGGGGUCGCCUGGGUUGGGGGGACUCUGCCUGUCCCCGCAAUGCUUUGCACGGAUCAUGCCUGCUAAAAGCACAGGUGCGGGCCUGACUAUAUAUAUUUUUGUUCAGUUGGCAAACCUACUUCAAAAUGAACAUUUUAAAAAUAGUGAAACAGCUUUGCAGGGCAGAAGCGCACUUCAAAGAUAAUAUAUCAGAACUACAGGUGAGUCAAGGUGAGGGGAAAGAGGACGUGAUGGAAAACAUUAUCUUAAUAUCAUUUGUUUCUCUACAAGCCAAAUAGCAGGUGUUUUCCACCUGUUCAGUCUGUGCCAGGGCAAAGCAUUUCUGUUAUGGGUGAUUCAACACUGCUUUCAUUUCGUGGCACAUAAAUCAUCCUCCCCCUUCCAUUUUGUUGAUGCCUGAAUUGUUUACUCAGCCUGGGAUUUACAACUGUUUGUUCAAGGUAGUUGCUGUGUUAUUGAAUAGCACACUUCCCCGACUGGACACGCUGGCACCUGUGUUGGUAUUUGCACAGAUAUUCAGAUUAUUAAUUUUGGCAACGCUGUGCAUAUAUGCCCCCUUUUCUUGCCCCUACAAAAUUGUUUUACAUUCUAUGUAACUAAGAAUGGGCACCAAGGACAUUGAUUCCUGCAAAGGCCAAGAGGACAACCAGACUCUUACAGACUUUCCAAGGCUGGAUCUACACUGACCUGUUUAACAUUAUUAGAACAAUAUUAGAUAUGUCGUUCUAAAAUGUCACAUACUCGUUAAUUAAAACUUGUUUACUUUAGGUUUUUUCCCGUCAAAAUACUGUUUCCCUGCUGCUGGUUGCUAUGCUGCAUUUUAAUAACACAUUACAAAUGUUAAAAUAGGAUGUUGUGUCCAUAUAUGUUAUCAAAACCAUUCCUUAACCCUUCCUUAAUAUUAAAAGCCAUGAGUGUAGAUCUGCCCCAAGGGUCCCUAUUUUCCAAGGAUUUACAGAAGCCAUCCCAGUUUCUGAGUCGAUUCCAGAAUAUUUCGCUUUUCUGUAGGACAUCCCUAUUUUCAUCAGAGAAAUGUUGGAGGGUAUGGAGUUAUGCAACCUCUGAACCAAGGAAAUAAGUAACGAUACAACCUUUAGAGGACAUCUGAAAGCAGCCCUGUAUAGUUUUAUUGAGUUUUUAUAUAUGAUGGAAGCAACCCAGAGGGCUGGGGCAACCUAGUCAGGCGGGGUAUAAACGAUUCAUCAUCGUCACCAUCAUCUUCCUAGCUUAUUUCUCACAGCGUUAGCCACUACAUUGCUAAAUUAGGAAAUGUGGUAGGGUGGGGGGUUUUUUGCUUCAUGGAUAUAAUCAAUACCGUAACCAUUCGGUAAGGGCGACAGAUGGGAGGAUAAUUUAGGCAGGUUGACUAUUAAUGAUACUAUUUAAAAACGUCUAUUAUUGUUUAUUAUAAUACGGCAGGGGGGUAUUGGUGCAGUGCAUCUCUAUAACAGAACUAGAAUCUUAAAUACAUAGGCAUCUCCUCUGAGUCAGACGAUAAGAACCCUACAAAGGAGGUUUUCCUUCCCUCCCUGCCUCAUUCUAGGAAUUCCAUCUGAAGCAGGCUUAUCAGGCAGUUAAGUCCUUUUGAACUAUGUGGAGAACUACUUUCACACAGCCAUCUCUAAAUAUAAAAGCAUCCCGUCAAAUCCUAGGAUUACCAAAGAGCCCAUUAGGUAUGACAGCAGCAGGGUGGGGAGUGCUUUUAUGUGGGCUCCUCCAGAGACAUGGCCACACUGGGGGUGAAGCCAAACUCCUGGAGAAUCACAGCGCCUGCUGUGGCUGCAGAGACUGGCAACUCAUAACUGCUGCCCCCUGCAUUGUUUUUGCUGCGUUAGCUGCACUGAAGUGACUUCCCCGGGGUACAAGCCUGGGCAGUAUGUAUGAAGGUCCUCGGCUGCGCAGACAAGAAGACCCCACUCUUGGCCUCGCUGAGGUGGUCCAAAGGAAAACAGAGCAAUACGUUUGGCACCAGCUUGGCUGCAGGAGUUGCCAGAAGGAGGCAUGCAAAGCACCAUCCAACCAUCUUAGGGACUCUACUCCGAAUUUGUGUAGGGUUUGCUCCUUAGCCUUUUCUUCUCCUAAAGAUGUCCUUCAAAGCAGCAAAUAGAUUGAAUUUCCACAUCAGCCAAAUUAAUAUGCAGAUUAACUGAACGACUAGUGCUUGAUCUCGUACCCUUAGGAGCAGUAUGGUGUACAGGCGAAGCUUUUCCCAACACAAUAAUAAACAUGAUCACCAGCUAAAUGUCUACAUUUCAAGAUGCAGUUAUAGACUGGACUUUGGCAAGCUUAAAUAGACUGAUCCGUGCCAGAGGGAGUAGGGGAGUAAAUUGGGAUUUUGUUUUUGUAUCUCCCUCCUAUGUAAUACUGGAAAUCAAUAAAACAGUAAUCAGUUGGAAAGUUGGCAACGCUAAAGAUGCGUGCAAUUUUCAGUUAGAAAUCUGAAACCGAAUCACAGGCAAAUCCAGAGUCCAGCAAAUUCAGCAGUUGUCUUUACAGCUCCUGAAAAGUAAUUGGCUCGGCGUACACAGCACGACAUUAAUUAUAGCAGCAUCCCCGCCACCUCCAAUGUAAAUGGCUUUAACGAGAAUGUACCAAUGACUCAUUUGUCCUUCUCGUAAAACCUCUGAGGGGUGCAAAGCCACCUUGUCCAGUUUGUAUUUCGCCCAAACUGUGUGAAACAAACAGAGCAGGAGCACAUGGAAAGCUGCGUGGAAAUUUCCCUAAAUGGACGGUGUUGCUUUAAGAGCAAGCAGGUGGGAGGUGAUACAGGCACCCUACUCCAAAUAGUUGUCUAUUUCUACUGUAAUACCAGCUAUUGCCUGAUCCCUGGUGUCCUAGAGAUUGCUAGUCUCCCUUGCUUUUUGACAGCUUCAUUAAACAGCUGGAAGCUUUUGCGGGAAGAAAAUGUGCUUUACUUCAGUUUGGCAACCCUGAAUAAAAACCUACAACAAAGAGCAACUUGAGUCGAGAUCAAAGGCACGUGGAGGCAAAAAUAUUUUAUAAAAGCAGGUAAGACUGGAAAGACCAGACCUCUAAAUUAUACUGUGUGUGUGUUGUGUGUGGUAAACUGUCUCUCUUGACUACAAUAAAUGCAGCCUAGUGUACUGUGAUGGAAGCCUUGCUUUUCCUAAAAGGUUAGGUUUAAAAUAAACAUUUGGUGACCUAUUCUGAUAGAAUCCUCCUCACAUUUGCCUGAAAAUAUUAUUAUCCUGAGAAAACAGGGGCUGAUAUUUCUGGUGUUUUUUCUUGAAGAAGAGAAUCAUCUGAAAUUUUGAGGAGGGAAUUGUUGCCUAACCAGAGUGGGCUUCUGACCAAAAUAUGCCUAGUGGGAAGCUGUGGAAAGACCCUUGUGAAAAGACCCUGUUUCUUUUGGCCACACUUCCCAGAAUGCCUUGGGAGGGAUGCGACAUGAUGCAGUGUUGCUCUCAAGGCAAUUUCAGAGAAGCUUCUACCCACAAAAAAAUACUCUUCAGGAGGUAAAGGGUAAAGGGACCCCUGACCGUUAGGUCCAGUCGCAGACGACUCUGGGGUUGUGGCGCUCAUUUUGCUUUACUGGCCGAGGGAGUCUGCAUACAGCUUCUGGGUCAUGUGGCUAGCAUGACUAAGCCGCUUCUGGCGAACCAAAGCAGUGCACAGAAAUGCCAUUUACCUUCCCCCCAGAGCAGUACCUACUAUCUACUUGCACUUUGACGUGCCUUCGAACUGCUAGGUUGGCAGGAGCAGGGACCGAACAACAGGAGCUCACCCCGUCGCGGGGAUUCGAACCGCCGACCUUCUGAUUGGCAAGUGCUAAGCUCUGUGGUUUAACCCACAGCGCCACCCACAUCCCACACUUCAGGAGAGCUUGGUUUUAAUUCUACACAACAAAUGGCCCCAAAGAAAAAUGAUCAGCACAGCUCAAGGUAGGAUUCCAAUGUUUUUAACAGUGGUGCAGAAUAUGCAGUUUGGGUAGGUUCAACUUUGCAUGCAGAGCUGACCAGCAUUGUUCUGUCUGCACAGCUGUUAAAAGAACUGGAUCUGUCUUCUUCUUUGAAUCUGGUCAUCUUAAUGGCACAUGAACAAUUCACGGUUUUAAAUAGUAUCAUUAAUAGUCAACCUGCCAAAAUUAUCCUCCCAUCUGUCAUUCUUGUAGGAUGGUUAUGGUAUUGAUUAUGUCUAUGAAGCAAAACACACACACACAUAAAAACAAACCUAGUGCAUUUCCUAAUGCAGCAUCAUAAAACGAUUAAUUUAGUGCAAUGGAGUGGCUAACUGAGUGAGAAAUGAGCCAGGAAGAUUAUCAUCUCUGGUAUGCAUUUUGCUUUCCCAUCCACGCAACAGAAUUUCCUCAUGAGACCUAGAGUUUUCUCAGCCUUUGUCUGCAACAUUUGGAUAAAUGUGUGUACCUACCUCACAGGGCUGUUCUAAGGAUAGGGCAAAGUACUUUGUUGCAGUGGAAUGGUAAGUGUGAAGUGGUUUUGAAUAUAGUGAUACCUUGGUUUACAACCAUAAUCCGUUCCGGAGGUCCAGUUGUAAACCAAAACAGGUUGUAACCCAAGUCGUGCUUUCGCCAAUAGGGCCUCCAAAAAAAAUUUGGUUGUAAUUAAAAUAAAAAAUGGGUUGUAAUCCAAAAAAAGGGGCACACACUUCAGGGUUUGACGUGUUUGUAAUCCAAAACAGUUGCAAACCAAGGUACCACUGUAUUUGAAAUUCGCCAUUGCUUAAAAUGCCCUGUAGCACCCCUACACACCACACACUGCCCUAAAUCUGCCUCUGACCCACCGUUCACUAAAAUAAUUGUCCAACACCUGCUUCCUGAAAUUUGGAAGGUCUCAACCAAUGAGAGAACCUUUCUGCGUUGGCCUUUCCCCACCAGAAUGCCCUCCUCUGAGAUGCUUAUCAGGCAUCUACAUUGAUGUAGGUAUUUGACUGACAAUAUUAUAUUUCAAUUUGUGAAUUCCUUUACCUUUUUACUUCCUGUCACAGUGGUUUGGGGAGGGAUGCAGAAAGGCGGACUUUGGAACAAAAUGAGUGGUGUGGUUUUUUUGUGGGUUUUUUUUUGUUUGUUUUUUUAAGUACUGAAUCCUGUUCUAUUUAUUUAUUUAUUUUGUCUAUGGCUUCUUAACCCUUGCACCUACCCUCCUUACUGAAAGCAUAAACCACACAGAAGGUCCUUAAACCUUUUUAUUAAAAAAAAAAGUAUUUUAACUGUGUGUAGCCAAGGACCCCUGAGCCUAUUUGCACUGAAACGGAACAUUUUUAACCUCUCAGAAAAGGCUACUUUGACGGCGAACUUCACCCACUUAUGCCAAAAAAAUUAAAAGUCUAUAGGCAGGGCUUUUUUCAGCUGGAAUUUGUCAGAACUCAGUUCCAGCACUUCUCAGGUAAGCAACAUUGCCAUCGUAAGAGAGCAAGGGAGGUGUUCAUGGUGAGUUCCAGCACCUCUUUUUCUAGAAAAAUGACAUUGGUUAUAGGCAUCUAUAUAUAGUUCCAUUGUAGUCAAUUUCAGACUUUGGAAAGCAAGGCAAUGAAUCAUAUGCCAUGGAUACGAGGUGAAAUGUGAGGUCGAUCUGAGCAGCUAAGCUGAGGCAAUGUCCUAUUUGAGACAGCGAGGUAGAUUCUCAGGCUAAUGUUUUUCUUCGCACAGCUAUAAUAAUUGUUAAUGAAUAUGUUAAACCCAUGAGUAUUCUUGGGUACUCAAUCUGUAUUUCUGCCUCUUUGUACUAUUUUUAUCUAAGCACAUUAACCAUGGAAAUACAGAGGGGGUUUUCUGCUUCUUUGUACCAUUUUUAUCUUAUCACAUUCACAAAGGAAAUAUAGACGAGGCAUUGUUUCUCCUUGCCGAGAUGAAUAGCUAUUCAAACGAAAAGAGGAAAAGAAAAUGUAGCACACAAAAUGGUUUCUGAUUGAAAUAGAUAACAGCGUUCUGCAAGGCCCCCUCAAAAGAGCAAUGAACGAAUGCAUUCUGGAAACCAGCCUGCCAUAUUGACAAUGGGCACAAUGAUUCUGGGCAGAAGUCAGUGCUUCUGCACUUUGGUCCUAUCUGCCUAGGUGGAAGUUGCUCUCAUUUCAGUGGGGAUUACUCCCAAGGAAGGGUCUAGCUCAGGGAAAGCAAACAGUGUGCUUUCUCGGUGUAGUUGGACGCCAGCUCCCAUCAUCCCCAGUCAGAAUGUUCAAUGACUGGGGGAAUGAUGGGAGUUGUAGUCCAACAGCUUCUGACUGGAGGGCACCAUCUUAGCUACGUUUAAUUUAAGUGCUGCAGGCAUUUAUUUAACAGAAAUGUGUGGGGCCAAGCUUGAUAUGGUUUGUGCAAUCUGUCUGGAAUGUACCCUUCCCUGUUGCCACGAAAUUAAUAGAAGGGGAUAGUUAAGUCAGCAAAACAACUGACUUAACGCCACCCCACGUACAAUGGCAUACCCUCCAACAUUCCUUGAAUGAAAGUUGGUACAUUCUAUUCUACAUCAGUAUCACUGCUGAGGGGAGCUUUUAAUUUUAAUUUUCUGAUUUAUUCAUUUUUUUGCAUGUUAAUAUCUUUAUUAAAGUUUUCCAUGAUACAAACCACCACCACCUGAAGCCCAGCUAGCUCCUGUCCCCACUCUUGGCCCCUAUAACCCAAUUGCCUCCCCACACCCCUCAAACUCCAGCCCCCCACAGGCUUGCCUGCACCCCACCCACCAGAACCUUCCCCAUCACCCCACGACCCCCAGGACCUGCUGCUGCCCAGGGUCUCCUCCAGUCAUCACCUUCUUUUCAGGCCUGACCUGGCUCUCUUUCUCCUUUUUAUUUGGCCAGCUGUAUGGGUGGUUUCGGGACGUGGGUGGCGCUGUGGGUUAAACCACAGAGCCUAGGAUUUGCCGAUCAGAAAGUCGGUGGUUCGAAUCCCCAUGACGGGGUGAGCUCCCAUUGCUCGGUCCCAGCUCCUGCCAACCUAGCAGUUCAAAAGCACGUCAAAGUGCAAGUAGAUAAAUAGGUACCGCUCCGGCGGGAAGGUAAACGGCAUUUCUGUGCGCUGCUCUGGUUCGCUAGAAGCAGCUUAGCCACAUGACCCGGAAGCUGUCUGCGGACAAACACCGGCUCCCUCAGCCAAUAAAGCGAGAUGAGCACCGCAACCCCAGAGUCAGUCACAACUGGACCUAAUGGUCAGGGGUCCCUUUACCUUUACCUUUAUGGGUGGUUAUGGGGCCUGCCAGGCUGGAGAGUUGUAGCCUCCCACAGCGGGGAAGGUGGCGGGAUCCCCGUUGCCUCGCGCUUCCUUCCUGCUCCCCUUUCCGCUACUGCUGCUAUUCCACAGGUCAGCCUGGUCCCUCUCUCGGAUCCAGCAAAAGUCUCUCCCCACCUCACCUUCUCUGACUCCCAGGAGCGGUGGCAAGGGAGGUGAUAUUGGUGGAGGGGGAGGCCUCAGUUGGCAAUCUUCUCUUCCUACUGCUUCCCCCAGUGUGAAGCCAUUUCUGAUUAGCAUACCUCAACAAUGAUGGGAACUUGGGAACUUGGGACUCCGCAUGACAUAGGGAGAAGCCGUGAUGGCUUAAUGGUUUUCGUGACGGUCCUGGUAUUUUCAGGGCAGUUGAAGAUCAUGCAAUGGCCAUGAACCAAAUCAGCCCACUACCCCAACAGCUGUUUUUAGUGAAAUACAAAGAUAUCAGGAGAUCCAUUCAGGGCUCUCACUGUCAUAGUCUUUGGCCCUUAGCUGACAAGCCACUUCGGAAAUUGGGGGAAUUCUUAGCAGAGAAGUAGCAGACAGAAGGGAGAUGCCUAGCUCUUUUUCUCCCCCCAUCACUUGUCACCUGAAAAAUAUUUCCAUUGGAAUCUGGAAUCCUUCAAGGGUAAAACAAUUGUGCUCCAGCAAAAAAGAGAGAGAGAGAGAGAGAAAGAAACACCCAAAAAACAACAACCAGAAAACUUAAACAAGGAACUGAAACUCUUUUGUUUGCCAUGAAAGUAAGAAAGAACCGUGCUAUGUUUUACAGAUGGUUGACUUUUAAGCUCAGCUUUUCAGCUAUUGUUAAACACUACAUAUUUAGUUUGCUAAUAAGGAUGUCCAAGAGAGUGAUCCUACAAAGGUCUUUUUUUCCUAAAACAGAUUCUGUAAGUCAUACAUAUUUAUGAUUAUAAUAUAAUAUGAUCAUGAAAAUCAUCAGUUCAUCAAACAUAUUUUACAAGAGGAUCCAUGAGAGCCUUCUGCCUUGUGCCCAGCUCAAGGCUAUCAUAGUCAAUAGCAAAGUGAACCAAGUGACCUUUAGACAACUCCAAAAAUAGUCCUUUGAAGUUUAACAAUGGAUUAUGAAACAAGUUGCAUAAAUACGGAGUGAUUGGGCAAAAGCAUACAUUUAUAGAAUAUUACAGCCUCUUUUAAAAAACCAGUUUAGGGAUAUAUAUUUUUCAUUGCUGGAAAUGAAAGGGCAAAUGAAGGGCAAAAGCCUCAAUUUUCUCAGAGUCCACAAGAUGUUGCAUGGUGUCUGCUCCCUUUGCACAAUGGGGGCAACCAAAUUUCAUCUUUGCCCAGCAUUUCUACAGCAGUCUGAUUCUCUGAAUGGUACUUCCAAGCACCAGAAGGAGGUUUUAGAUAUACCUGUGUCUUAUCUAUAUCUAUAUCUGUAUCCCUAAAGGGGAGGAAACCCAAAACAGCUCAGUGAGAACUAAGCAUUAUCAGUGGGAUGAGAUUGUUAGGGGGUGGGAGAAUGAAAUAGAAUGGAAUAUAUCAUUGCAGAUCUGGAAGGGAUCCUGAGAGUCAUCUAGCCCAGGCCCUUGCAGUGCAGGAAUCUCAACUAAAGCAUUCAAGACAGAUGGCCAUCCAAGCUCUGCUUACAAACCUCCCAGGAAGGAGAGUCCACCACCUUCUGAGGGAGUCUGUUCCACUGUCAAACAGCUCUAACUGUCAGAAAGUUCUUCCUGAUGUUCAGUCGGAAUCUCCUUUCUUGUAACUUGGAUCCAUUGGUUUGAGUUCUAGCCUCCAGAGCAUGAGAAACGAGCUUGCUUCACCUUCCAUGUGACAGCUCUUCAGAUAUUUGAAGAUUGCUAGCAUUUCUCCUCUCAGUCUCCUCUUUCCAGGAUAAACAUACCCAACUCCCUCAACAGUUCCUCAUAGGGCUUGGGUUGCAGACCCUUGAUCAUCUUGGUUGCCCUCCUCUGCACACAUUCCAGCUUGUCAUUAUCCUUCUUAAAUUUUGGUGCCGAGAACUGGACACAGUACUCCAGGUGUGGUCUGACCAAGGCAGAAUAGAGCGGUACUAUGACUUCUCUUGAUCAGAACAUGAUGCUUCUUUGAUUCAGCCUAGAAUAGCAUUACCAUUUUUUGCUGCUGCAUCACACUGUUGAGUUUGUGGUCCACUAAGACCCCUAGAUCUUUUUCACGUGUACUACUGACAAGGCAGGUGUCCCCUGUCUUAUAUUUGUACAACUGCUUCUUCCUAUCUAAGUUCAGAACCUGGCAUUUCCUUGUCCACAGUUACAUCAGCACAUAACCAGUUCUAAUUGGCUGUGUACUGUUGUGACAUCUUCUCAAUCAUGACACGCUCACCAAUUGACUGGCAUCAUUCAUGUGACUACACUCUGAAAGAUUAAGGCCCUGGGAAGGAAAAUGGUGCCACCAUCGUAGCAGGGCGUACAAAUUAGGCCAGCAGUCUCAACCACUGAGCUACACAAUUAAAAGAUUUCAUGUGAUUUAAAAGUUAUAUAAUGAUGGUGUGGUGCAGAAAAAGAAAACCCACAUUGACUAGCUGCAUUCCAAAGCCAUAGAAUUAAUUAUGCCUGCAUACUUAACAACGUAUCAUUUGCAUGUAUGUUCCAAGUGCAAAUUGAUCUCCAGGAAGGACUUUUUCCCGUCUCAAGCAUAAUCUUGCACAAUUUGCCAAUGGGGACACUUAGCAGGUACAACAAUAAGGAAGGGGAGGUUUCCGAGGGCAGUGUGCACAAAGAAACAGAUCUUCAAGUGGAAAGCAAACAGGAUCUGUUUUUAUGGACCACAGAAACAUGGUGGUAUCAGAAUUCUCUACACAAAAGUCAUUAAUGAGAAGGAAUGGAUCAUUCUAUUUACACAUUGAGCAAGAUUCAUAGUUUAUCCAUUUUGAAAACAAUUCUUUUGCUUCUUGUUUUCUGGCUGAAAGCUCUGAGAGAGCAUCUAAGUUGCCCUGCUCCCUAAAUCCUGUCAAUGUUUCUUAGGUAACCAAGAAAGUUGCUUAAAAAAAAAAAAAAAGCUCACACAGCAACCUUUCCUGCCAAGAGACUUUUUUCUUAAUGUUCUGGUGUUCUCUUUCCUUCACAUAUCGCCCCAACUUUUUGUGUUGAGCCACCAUUUUUAGUUGACAGAAGAAUGAACUUGUUUUCUUCCACUAUAUAGUUCUCUUUGGCUUUGGUUGUCAUGCCUCAGUGUUUUAAAAAUCUCCAUCCAAGGACACUUCCUCAUGCUUAUUCCAGGGUAGGGAGUCCUAAAAGCACUAGUUGAUUAAUAGGUUGCCAUUUUUUAAUUGAUGGGGUUGAGAGUUAAGGGCAUUUUUGUGUGUGUAGCUAUUUUGGUUUGCCUGUAAUCCAAUGUAACAGAGAAUGAGGGGAAAUAUUAAAAAUUGCCUUUCCCUUCAAGAGAACAUGGUAAUCUUAAUUUUGACUACCCUGUAUGAUGACCUCCGUUGGGAGAGAAACAGGUAAAUGCAUUCCUGUUUAUUCUCCUCAACCUCUUGGCAGCUAUUGAUACCAUCAACCAUGGAAUCCUUCUGGAGAGGCUGUCCAAGAUAGGGGUGGGUGGUACCGCUUUGUGAUGGUUCUGAUCCUACUGGGACGGACCUUUCCAGCGAGUAAUGCUUGGAGAGUGCUCAUCAGCCCCAUAGAGCCUUCAAUGUAGGGUUCAUCAGGGUUCAGUUUUAUCCCUCAUUCUGUUCAACAUCUACAUGAAACCACUGAGCAGGGUCAUCUGGAAGUUUGGAGUGCGUUGUCAGCAAUCUGCUGAUGACACACAGCUCUGCUUCUCCUUUACAUCUGCAGGUGUGCAGGGGGUGAGCUGGAUUGUUGUCUUGCCUCAGUAAUGGACUGGAUGAGAGCCAAGAAACUGAAGCUCGAUCGAGGUAAAACUGAGUCACCCUUAGUGAGUGGUUCCCUAGGCCAGAUGGAUGGGGUUACACUCCCUCUGAAGGAGCGGAUAUGCAGCUUGGGGGAUCUUUGGUUCCUUUGCUGUCACUGGAGGCACUAGAAGAAGAAGAAGAAGAAGAAGAAGAAGAAGAAGAAGAAGAAGAAGAAGAAGAAGAAGAACUCUUCAAGCAACACCAAAAUUGAGGCCUUGGCAAUGCAUGUUUUAUCUGAAUAUAAUCAAGUGGUUCAUUGGUCAUGAAAAAGUCAUUGUUGUUGUUGUUUAGUCGUUUAGUCGUGUCCGACUCUUCGUGCCCCCAUGGACCAGAGCACGCCAGGCACUCCUGUCUUCCACUGCCUCCCACAGUUUGGUCAAACUCAUGCUGGUAGCUUCAAGAACACUGUCCAACCAUCUCGUCCUCUGUCGUCCUCUUCUGCUUGUGCCCUCAAUCUUUCCCAACAUCAGGGUCUUUUCCAGGGAGUCUUCUCUUCUCAUGAGGUGGCCAAAGUAUUGGAGCCUCAGCUUCACGAUCUGUCCUUCCAGUGAGCACUCAGGGCUGAUUUCCUUAAGAAUGGAUACGUUUGAUCUUCUUGCAGUCCACAAAAAAACAUGGGAGGGAUACAGCUUUCAACAGAGUCCUCUUCUUUCGUCCUUUCUUCUGGCCAUCAGACCAUUACGAAGGAGUGUGAAACCUCACACGCAGAGACCAAAGGCCUCUUCAGGCCUCUCAGUCUGAUCCAGGGCCAGCGUGUCACAUUUUGUUGCUUGAAGUGAAACACAAAGUGCCGCCCCCACCUCCACGGCACCCAUGGAGAAGUGGCUCAGGUAUCAGCACCCAUUUCUGGCAAGAUCUUGCCAGAAAUCGGCAGCAGGGUGGGCAGGGAGCCCACAAGGGUGCCGACUUGACUGCUUCACUCUGCCUCAUGCGUGGGCUGGUCCUAGUCUGACCCAUGGGACUCUCCCCAAGCUAGACUGCUUCCCUAGCCACACACCUCCCCAGGUGACAGCCCUCACUGGCCUUGCUUAAACAACACCCUCCUUGAAUAAUUUUGCCUGGCUGGAAUGUUGCCCUUGGAUUCUGAUCAUGCCUUUUGCUCGACUGGACGGAGGAUUAGAGGAGGGUGUGUGAGUGUGUGCAGAAAGGCAAAAUGUACAUUGUCUCUGCUCCACCCACAUUUGGUUGUGGCCCUCGGGUUGCACAAGGCUCCUCAUCCCUGUCCUCAGGCAAGCACAGGUCACAGAAACUACUAUUCACAACGUGAGGCUGGUGCAUGGAUAGUGAUCUACUCCUUCCUCUGCUCCCCAGAUCUGCAAAUUCCUCCUGUUGUGGGCUGGCUAGGGCUUCUUUUAUAGAUCACGCCAUAGGCGAAUUGGCAGGUCAACAGGCAACCUUUUGAAAACGCUCAGUUCAGACUUAUUUCUUUUUCACGUCAUUUUUGGAGGUGUUAGCCGGUAUUGCUGCUGGAGCUGUCUUGAAAACUCAUGUGAGGUGUGCGGUUGUUUUGUUCUUUCCCUCUCUCCCUUAGGUACGUGUUUGAGCCAAGACGGCUGA